GCACCUCCCCCAGGUACCAUGGCCCAGAGCAGGGCACUGCUGCUCCUGCUGCUGUUGCCACCACAGCUACACCUGGGACCUGUGCUCGCAGUGAGGGCCCCGAUGUUUGGCCGAAGCAGCACCCACAGUCUGAGCCCUGAGGAGAAUGAAUUUGUGGAGGAGGAGCCUGUGCUGGUCCUAAGCCCCGAGGAGCCAGGGCCUGGCCCAGCUACUGUCGACUGUCCUCGAGACUGUGCCUGCUCCCAGGAGGGUGUUGUGGAUUGUGGUGGCAUCGACCUGCGUGAGUUCCCCGGGGACCUGCCUGAGCACACCAACCAUCUGUCCCUGCAGAACAAUCAGCUGGAGAAGAUCUAUCCUGAGGAGCUUUCUCGGCUCCAGCGGCUGGAGACUCUGAACCUCCAGAACAAUCGCCUGACUUCCAGAGGGCUCCCGGAGGAGGCAUUUGAGCAUCUGACCAACCUCAACUACCUGUACCUGGCCAACAACAAGCUGACAUUGGCACCUCGAUUCCUGCCAAAUGCCCUGAUCAGCGUGGACUUUGCUGCCAACUAUCUCACCAAGAUCUAUGGGCUCACCUUUGGCCAGAAGCCAAAUUUGAGGUCUGUGUAUCUGCACAACAACAAGCUAGCAGAUGCAGGGCUGCCGGACAGCAUGUUCAACGGCUCCAGCAAUGUUGAGAUCCUCAUCCUGUCCAGCAACUUCCUGCGCCAUGUGCCCAAGCACCUGCCACCUGCCCUGUACAAGCUGCAUCUCAAGAACAACAAGCUGGAGAAGAUCCCCCCUGGGGCCUUCAGUGAGCUGAGCAACCUGCGAGAGCUGUAUCUGCAGAACAACUACCUGACUGAUGAGGGCCUGGACAAUGAGACCUUCUGGAAGCUCUCCAGCCUAGAGUACCUGGAUCUGUCCAGCAACAACUUGACGCGGGUCCCUGCAGGACUGCCGCGCAGCUUGGUCCUGUUGCACCUGGAGAAGAACGUCAUCCGGAGUGUGGACGCCGACGUGCUGACCCCCAUCCGCAGCCUUGAGUACCUGCUGCUGCACAGCAACCAGCUGCAGGCAGACGGUAUCCACCCGCUGGCCUUCCAGGGCCUCAAGCGGCUGCACACCGUGCACCUGUAUAACAACGCCCUGGAGCGCGUGCCCAGCGGCCUGCCCCGCCGCGUGCGCACCCUCAUGAUCCUGCACAACCAGAUCACGGGCAUCGGCCGCGAGGACUUCGCUACCACCUACUUCCUGGAGGAGCUCAACCUCAGCUACAACCGCAUCACCAGCCCUCAGAUACACCGCGACGCCUUCCGCAAGCUGCGCCUCCUGCGCUCACUUGACCUGUCGGGCAAUCGCUUGCACACGCUGCCACCUGGCCUGCCACGCAAUGUGCACGUGCUGAAGGUCAAGCGCAAUGAGCUGGCUGCCCUGGCACGUGGGGCGCUGGCAGGCAUGGCCCAACUGCGGGAACUCUACCUCACUGGCAACCGACUCCGCAGCCGGGCCCUGGGUCCCCGCGCUUGGGUGGACCUUGCCCAUCUGCAGCUGCUGGACAUUGCUGGGAAUCAGCUCACGGAGAUCCCCGAAGGGCUCCCCAAGUCUCUCGAGUACCUGUACCUGCAGAACAACAAGAUUAGCACCGUGCCUGCCAAUGCCUUCGACUCCACACCCAACCUCAAGGGGAUCUUUCUCAGGUUUAACAAGCUGGCUGUGGGCUCUGUGGUGGAAAGUGCUUUCCGGAGGCUGAAGCACCUACAGGUCUUGGACAUCGAAGGCAACUUUGAGUUUGGUGACGUUUCCAAGAACCGUGGCCACUUGGAGAAGGAAGAAGAGGAGGAGGAAGAGGAGGAAGAGGAGGAGGAUGAGGAGGAAGAGGACAGGAGAUAGGGACAGGAUGACACAGCUCUGGCCUAGGCUGGUUGUGGCUGGUAGCUCUGUCCUGGGCUGGCCCCUGACCUCUCCUACAUGUUCUGCAGGACGAUGGACCACCGGACUCCUUUCUGCAGCACAUGCCUGUGCCCUGUGAGCCCCCAUCUGCCACGGUCACAUGGACACAGCCAGCGCUAAACCACGGGGCAUCCCUCACACCACAGGCUAAAUGCAGUCUCAUAUCCCUGCCCUUUCCUGCAGUGUGCCUCACAACCAGACACGUGCAGACACCACGUCACACCCCCACACACAGCUCGGCCACACACACAGCCAGCUGCUGCACAUCACCCUCCAAACCAUCCCACUCUGCCCAGGCCCGCCACUGCUGCCUUGCCUGCUCCCUGAGUCAUGCAGAUUUGGGGAAGGAUCUGGCCCACAAGAGAGCCCACUCCCUCCUGUUGACACACACACACACACACACACACACACACACGAGCAAAUAUACAUGUCAGUCACUUGCCAUCUGCCCCGUCCUCUGUCCUUCAGUCCCCUGGAGAAGACACAGCUCAGCUCCUUGCUCCGUGGUGGGGAACUCACAAAAGCUGGCUUUUGUUCCUAUUCCUCCCUUUGGGGACAGGAACCUUUUGGACUUCUGCCCUGGCUCUGCCCCUGCCCCCCAGGUGCUAGAGCAGUCACCCUGCUGAGAGCCCCAUCCUGCCUUGCCCUGUCAGGCCACAGGCACUUUCUGAUAGACAAGCCCCACUGAGGGAGCUUUGGGGCAGGAGGGAGGCAAGGCCCGGAGGAUCCAGAAAAGGCCCAGCUGUGCCUCUGAGACACUCUUGAAUCUUUGGGCCUGCAGGGAAGUUCUGGGUGCUUUGGGUGUUGUUUUUUUAAGGAAAAAAAUGAUAAAAAUCUCAAAGUUGAUUUUUCUUGUUACAGAAAAUCUAAUAUAAAAGCAUUAUCCCUGUCCUUGCA